UCUGCCUCAGUAUUUUUUGCAGUUUCUGGCGCAGAGGGGAAGGCGCAGUGUGCGCUGCCGCUGCUACUGCUUUUGCUGCGGCUGAGACGAGCGAUUUUGGCUGGCCUUUUACCGUUUAACCCUGAAACUUCUUCGUAGCAAAAGAACUCCGCUGUCUCUUAUUCUUCUUCGCCACGAAACGGGAAGUCGAAUUAGAGAGAGAGAGAGAUGGAGGAUUUAUACUGUAUACAUCCGGGGAUCCCUCGGGCGACGAUCGUCGGCUCAGGCGAGCUGUCUGUUGGCUGCGAAGGAGAGAUCCGCUUUGACGGAGCCGAGAUAGCUGCAGACGAGAGCGGCUUUCUGGAGGCGGAUCUCACGGAUCUUAUCAAAGCGCGGAUUGCAAGCCACCCGCGAUAUUCCUCUCUGCUCUCGGCGUACAUCGAAUGCAAUAAGGUUGGGGCACCACCGGAGAUGGCGACACUUCUUGAAGAUAUUGCUCGAGAAAGAAGUACUGGCAGAUACUGUGGCAGCGUCGGUGAAGUGGGGGAGAUCGGAGCGGAUCCGGAGCUCGACGAGUUCAUGGAUUCCUACUGCCGGGUUCUGGUGAGGUACAAAUAUGAGCUCUCCAAGCCAUUUGACGAGGCCGUCUCCUUUCUCGCCAGUAUCGAGUCGCAGCUGAGCAAACUCUGCAACUUCUCCGCUGCGGCAACCACUUCGUCCUCCUCCACUGCAUUCUCCACGGCCGUCGCCAGCACUGGUGGUGCUCUCACCUUCGAUGAAGCAGUUGGAUCCUCUGAAGAAGUGCCAAGUUAUGAUGACGCUGAUGCGUUAGAAAAUCAAGUCUCUUCUUCUCGAUCUCCUGAGAUCGAGUUGAAGGAGUUCCUCUUUAGAAAGUACAGCGGCUAUCUUUGUAAUCUGAGGACGGAAUUUUCAAAGAAGAAAAAGAAAGGAAAGCUUCCCAGAGAGGCAAGAUUGACAUUGCUUGAUUGGUGGAACAGUCAUUACAAAUGGCCCUACCCAACGGAUGAUGAGAAGGCGAAGUUGGUGGAGUUUACAGGUCUUGACCAAAAACAAAUAAACAACUGGUUUAUAAACCAAAGAAAGAGACAUUGGAAACCCUCCGAAGACCUGCAGUGCACCAUAAUGGAAGGAUUAUGGGGUAUAUCUAGUGGGACUACACUGUGCUUUGAAACAGGUAGCAUAAGGUCCUUCAACUUAAAUAAUUCAUCUCCAUGUUAAAUAAUUCAACUGCUAACCUUUUUUUUUUUUAAUUAAAGCUUCAUUUGGGACAGCUUUCUUACUGCUCCUUAA